CAAUAAAUGUUCUAUGAUUUAGUUGGUGUAGUUUUAAUAUGGAUAAAAGUUUCUUUGAAGGCGUCCGAUGUCUUCUUCCAGAAGGAAAUAACGUUGAUAUGCAGCAGUUCGCGGAUUUUUUCAACAAUGCGCAUAUUCACCACCCACAAAUAAAACAGUAUAACGGUUACAACCUAUUUCCGGGAUUCGAACCCAAUACUGCGGAUUACGUUUACAACAAAUGGGAACCUAAGAGUGGUGACGUCGUGGUGUGUUCGUACCCCAAAACAGGCACAACUUGGCUCCGUGAAAUCAUCCAUCAAAUACUGUACAGCAAUGAACCUGAUCUUCUUGCAAAGAUGAAACACUUUUCGCCAGUUUUUUCAUGCUUGGAAAUCGGGCCAGUCAGCAAAUUCGAAGUGGUGGAUAAUCUUAUUAUGCGACGAAGAGUUUUCAUGACCCACUUGUCACCAGCAUGCUUAAACUUUGACAAGUUUCAACGUAAAGGUGUAAAGCUUAUCUACAUCAUGAGAAAUCCCAAAGACCAAGUUAUUUCCUGGUAUCACUUUGCUCAUCAACACCAUUUCAUUCAAAACAAAGUCGAACCUUGGGACCAACUUUGUCCUGAAGAUUUCGGCAAGUUCAUUGAUAUCUGUAUAGAAGGAAAUCAAGGAUACUUUGGAAAGCAAAGAGAAGGCUACUUGGAACACGUAAGAUAUUGGUACGAACAUAAAGAUGACCCAAAUAUUCUAUUUGUGAUGUAUGAAGAUUUAAAGCGGGAUUUUUGCAAAGAAGUUCGGAAAAUAUCCGAUUUUCUUGAAGUACCCCUUUCAAAUGCACAAGUGGAUCAAAUAAUGAAAAACACGUCAAUACAGAGCAUGAAAAAAAAUAUGCCAGACAAAGCAACAGACCUUGCAAAAUCUAUGGUCAGAAAAGGUAAUGUAGGGAAUUGGAAAGAUCAUUUCACAACCGAACAAUCACAAUAUUGUGACGACAAAGUGAAGAGAAUAUUAGGAAACACCGACAUACAGUUCACUUACGAACUUUAAUCGUAACAUCUCCAAAUAUUCUUUAUUAUAUGUAUGUUUUCACUCG